GGAACGUGUUGUUGCCGUCGUCGUCGUCGCCGUCUCGUCGCCGGCUCCCGCCAGUCGAGUCGCGUCCGCCGAGGUGUGAACGUGGUUUCUUUGUCGUGAUCGUUUCAUCGAUUGAUCCUCCGCGAUCUGCGCCACCCGCCCGAGCGCUACCCUUACCUCGAGGCGAAUAAGAAAAUGGCUUGCAACAGAGCUGCCAAAUCCGGAUUUGCCGCGGAGGCGCAAAGAAAGAUCAAUAGCAAGUACAGCGAGGAACUCGCGCAGGAAUGUCUGGAAUGGAUCAAGACGAUCACCGGCGAAAAUAUAAACACCAGCGGUGACAUGGACAACUUCUACGAGACCCUGAAAGAUGGCAUCUUGCUUUGCAAGCUAGUGAAUGACAUCAAGGAGAACUCAGUGAAGAAAAUUAACAAGACAUCGCUGGCCUUCAAGUGCAUGGAGAAUAUAAACGCCUUUCUCGAGGCUGCGAAGUCAUUAGGUGUUCCACCGCAAGAGACCUUCCAGACUGUAGACCUCUGGGAAAGACAGAAUCUAAAUUCCGUUGUUAUUUGCUUACAAUCUCUCGGGAGGAAGGCGGGUAAUUACGGCAAACCGAGCAUCGGUCCUAAAGAAGCGGAUAAGAAUGUACGUAAUUUUUCGGAGGAACAGCUUAGGGCCGGACAGGGUGUGAUAAGUCUACAAUACGGCAGCAAUAAAGGCGCUAAUCAAAGUGGCAUCAGUUUUGGAAACACCAGACACAUGUAAAACAUCUGCAUUCAUACUGACAGUGAGAGGCAAAAUCCUCUGUUCUCACUUCUCUUUUUUUUCCCGCAACAAGUACUCCUUUAGACGUAGCGUAUCACAUAAUGGAUGUUAACGAGGUCCAAAAUGAAGAUAUAUUAAACAUUAAACGAUAUGUACGAUAUCCUCGCCGCAAUAGAGGAUGAGAGAAGAAACAGAUAUAAGAUAUUUCAAACAAAAAAAGUGAUACAAGAUAACUUAAGGAAAGAAAAGCGAUUUAAUCCUUGGAGGAUUUUUCAGAUUAUACAGCAUUUUUUUAUUAUAAUUCUAAUAUCAUCAAUUGUAUCAUUUCCUCUUUUUAAAUAAUGUUUAGAAAAAGAAUAAGCUAAGUUUUGACAAUCAAUCAACUCAAAUCAAGAUUUAAAAAAGGUAAUCUGGUGAGUUUUGCAAAUUUUUACCAGAUGCAUCAAAGGGUUAAAUCGUAUUUGUUAUAAUACAAACUGUUUAACUUAAUUUUUGUUAUCACUUUUACUUCAAAUCUGUCGCGUAAUAGAAUCGAUAUCAAGUUAUACUUAUGCGAGUAUAUAGAGUAUAUAGGGUGAGCGCUCCGAAAAGUAGAUAAUAUUUUAUAUUCCGUUUCAUGAUUCUAUGACAAUUCAGAGUGAAUCUUUUUUACGUAUAAUAUACAUACGUUAUUAGUAUGUAUCUAUAUAGCUCUACUUCACGACUUACAAUGCGACUGUGUAGUUCUCAGGAUGAAAAGUACACAAACAUUCUUACACAAUACAAAGGAACAAAGUAUAUCGUGUGUUAGCAUUAGCUCGGACAGCCACUAUAGUUGUUGAAUGUUUCAAAGUAUAUUGUACAACGAAGGGAAUCAUCGGCUAGUUGCGCCGUUAUCAUUGCGAUUGAACAAUUCAAAGUUAUAAUCUAAUUAAAGCAUUCUACAAAUUUGUGUUGUACGAGAGAGAUAAUUAUAUAUAAUUAUGUAUUAAGUAUUUUGUACAAAUAUAUAUUGAUUAGAAAAAAAAAAUAAUUUGUCAUAAUAUGCUGAUGAUAUGAGUUAAUAAAUAAUACAUCGAUAAGUGAUUUUUAUAUUAAAUGUUACUUAUGAUGAAGUAUGAUUGUAUAUGUUACACUCAAAUUUUUUUUUACCCUGUAAGUUGGAUCGAUUGAUCUUCUUUUUGGAAUAUAUUUAAUAUACCUCAGG